AUGCAAGUGUACGAGGCAGUAGAACUGCCGGACUGGAUUCCUGAGUGGUACCCACGAUCGUCCCCUGCAGCAGGGACUGUGAGAUCAGACGUUAUCCAUAAUCCCAGGGUGAGCUCCCACAGCUCUCGGGAUCGGCCACCCUUGAGUAUUGUAUUUAGCGACAACCAUGACGACAACGAGCAGUUUAAUAUCAAGCAAGCGAAGACACUUUAUGUCUCGCCAAAUGCGAAUCGGACCGUCAAACGGAAGCUGAGAGGGAUACAUAUCUUCAUGAUUACGGUGAACGGCACGCUGGGAACUGGCUUGUACUGGCGUGGCGGUCAGAUCCUUGAACUUGCGGGCCCGCUGGCGGCGUUACUCUCCUUUUUGCUGAUAGGACUUUUGUCCUUCACUGUUAUGCAAUGCAUUACUGAGAUGCUUUGCAUAUGGCCGAUUCCCGGAGCGCUAUCUGUGUACGUUAGCGAGUUUGUGGACCAUGAACUUGGAAUUGCUGUUGGCAUUGCAUACUGGUUCACGUAUUCAGUGAGCUUCGGCGCCCUUAUAGCCACUCUGGCCGCAGAAGUUGAUUUCUGGACCGGGGCCGACGGCAGCAAGGCACUCGACGGUGUCGUGAUAUACUUUCUGGUCCCACUUAUAUUGGUGUUGGUAAAUGCCACGGGCAUCGAGGUGUAUGGUUCACUUGAGGUGGCCACUGGCGUUAUUAAGAUUGCCUGUCUUAGUGUUAUCAUCGUCGCUCUGGGCGCAAUCAACGCAGGAGCUGGUGGGAACGGGUACAAAGGUGGUGAAUACUGGGCGCAUCCCGUUGUGUUCGACCACGAUGCUGCCAAUAGCUGGGGGACUGCGUUCCUAAUGUGUUUAUCUAUCGCCACCUUCGCAUAUGUGGGGGUUGAGAUUGUCGCGGCGUCGGCUCUCGAGUCAGCUCCAGACAACCGCAAGCAAGAGGGCGAUAACACAGGUGCGGAGGGAUUGCCACGCCACGAUACGCAGAUCGGAAGCACGGUCAAGUUCUCUUCAAUGUACUUCUCACUUCUCGCCACCCUUGCCUACUCCCUUAGCGGGCUACUUGUCUCGUUCGACAUACCAUGGACCCGUUGCAGCCUUCCCCGCCUCAGCUGGAUAAAUACCACGCGAGAAUGUGUCCCCGCCGCCCCUGGUAUUCAGACAGAUACUGCCUCAGCAUUCGUAGCUAUUGCUGCCGAGUCUAGGAUCCCGCAACUGCACAACGUGUUCAACGCCUUUUUGGUCUUUACCUGCGUCACCUGCGCAAGUACCAACCUAUACGUAGCCUCCAGAGCUCUCUUCGGCCUGACUAGCAGAUUGGAUGGAGGCAGAGGCCAGCCAUGGUACAUCCGCCUCAUGGCAUUCCUUGGCCGCACCAAUUCCCGCAAGGUCCCGGUACGGGCCAUGAUAUUCAGCGCACUCGCGUUCGUUUGGGUCCCAUUUCUCCAGUUGCGCGGCGGCACAACAACCGAGACUCCCAUUGGCAUGUUUAUCGAAAUCCUUGCUCAGAUGGGCAGCGUUCCAGUCGUCGUCGUCUGGACGUGCGAAGCGCUCGCCUUUAUCCGAUAUUAUCAUUGCAUCCGCCGUCAUCGCGCUGUUAUCGAAAGACAGCGGAUUCCACUUGUGCGCCGCUUCUCCAAACCGGAGGACAAUGACUAUCCCUACCGCGGGCGAUUCCAGCCGUAUGUCUCUUACGUUGCACUCGUAGGCUGCCUCUUCGUCUUGGUCGUUGCGAACGGAGCGUCUCUCUGGGGAGGCUUCUACAAGUUCCCAUUCUUAUCGUCCUACCUCUUUAUCUUGGUCGUCAUCGGUGUAUGGGUCCUCCUGAAGCUCGUCCGAGGUGGAAGUUGGGCCUGGGUCGACUUGUCAAAUCCGGAUAAGGUGGUGCGUAAACUGCGCAAGUUGCACGAUAUUCGUCUUGCGGCGGCAUAG